AUGAUCUACAAUAUUCUGUUACUACUCGCCCUACUCUGUUCUGGGAUCGUGGCGGACAUCUUCGGACCACUCUCGGAUCACUUCAUCCACCACCUCAACAAGUGAGUCUAAUCUGAACUUUGACAUCCUUGAAACAUAAACACAUACAUCUAAUAUCAUCUCAUCCCUAUCCCAUUUCCUAUUCUGAGAAAAACCUACUUAUCCAGAUUCUAUCUGAUGUUUUCAAUGUUUCCCGUGAUUGUUCUCAGUUCUCUGAAACCACCUAGUCCACCUUAGCUACAAUUCACCCCAAUCGUCACCGGUACUGAUCAUCUCAACAACAAAACACACCUUCUUCGUCUUCCGUAAACAAUUUUCCGAAACAAACAACAAAUCUCUUAAACAGUUUCGUCAACCUCUGAUUAGCUCCCAUUUUGUCUCAGACUUCAAACCUUGGCGAGGUAGACCAGGGAGCCAUUCAAGUUGAGAAGUGUGAACUUUUCACACUGACCGCGACGUCCUUCUCUGCGCUUAUCCACAUAGGGGCCACUGCCUUUUGAUGUUUGUUUGUUGACUAGCCACCUACGGAGAGAAGCGGAAGAGAAGCCGUGAUCAGAACACAUACUUCACAGUUGCCUUGAAAAGUUAUGGCAGUCGGUCUUUUUUUCAGACGACCCAAAAGGAACGACAAUCUGCUCCGUCAAAUCUCGAUGUUUGGUGAUACCGGAUCGUUCGGUGGCAAGGUGUUCUCAGAGGAAAAGGUUCGCGACCAAAUCCUGAUUAAUGUCCGCUAAUCACUAGAGCGUCGUAUCCCGAUUAGUCACUCGUAGACACUAGAGAAAAAAAAGCGCUGUGUUUUGAUCAGUCUGUCAGAAAGUGACUGUUCCUUGAAGUGCGGUCGCUGAUGACGUCCUCAAACGACGCAGUCAGAAGCGGAGGUGUGGGUGGUAAUCAGGUCAAAUCCGGAAGACCGCUUUUUGAGUAGUCGUUUGUUUGGACCCUAAGUGGUUCUAGUGCGUGGGAACCCGAAUAAGUAAAAAGUAAAAAGUAAAACAAAACAGCAUCGCAACCCCAACCUUUUUCCGUUAAUUCUUCUUUUUUUUUUGCUCCAUGACGACAUUUCGGGUAGGCCCCACGCAAUUCCCUUUCCGACUGAGUGGAGAUUCAAUAAGUGCUCGAAUACUACACUACGUUUUUUUGUGUUUGUUUCUGAAGGUCAACGAGAAGUGACAUGUAUUUACUUCCGAUUACGCAUUUCCCAAAUGUUGCCGGAGUCCAAGAACAGACGCCGAUCGCAAGUCUGAUCAUUCCGAUGGAAACGUCAUUGCGGUUGCGGAGUUUAGCCUAAUCGGUUUUUUUUAAAUCAAAGACUGGCUUAGAAGCAUUGACAGAACUUUGGAUCGGGGGUCUGAGUUCUUUGCAAAAGUCCUUGAUCACUGAAUCCCGAAAGGUUCGUGUGUUUUGGUUUCAAAUUGGGCUCAUUACGAAAAACACAAACUGUAUGUAGCGUAUGUAGCGUAUGUAGCAACCAGCGUUUCGUUUUCUAAGAAAAUUACAAACAGCAAAAGAAAAUGUGGGAAUUUUUCAGCUAACAAAUACGCCGAUCAUCUUCGUGCAUGGCAAUUCGGACUCGGCGUUAAAAGUCGGAGAGAACCCUUUCCAAUCUGGAUGGGAUGACGUGAUUAGAUACUUUUUAUCGAAAGAUUAUACACUCGCCGAGCUCUAUGGUAUCACCUACGGAGACCGGAAUAUCUCAAACUCUUACACAAGGUGAGCGAGUUCUGAAAUCUAAUUUAUAUUAUCAGUCUUUUAUCACUCCAGGCAUUUCAAUUGUGAAAUCCUCCACCUCCACCGUCGUUUCAUCGAGAUCGUGCUCCACUACACAAAGACCGGACGGGUCAACAUCGUGGCUCACUCGAUGGGUGUGAGCAUUGCCCGGAAGGCAAUUCAGGGAGGCUCGGUGAGCACGUCACUUCCGAUGCGGUUUCUUUAUACUUUGUGUUUCAGUUUGUGUCCACCACCGAAACAUGCGACAUCGGACCAGAUAUAUCCCAUCGAAUUGGUACUUUCAUUGCGCUCGCGUCAGCUAACUAUGGAAUGUGCCCAUGUCAGCACGCUGCAGCCUUCCCGGCGUGUGGCGUAGAAGUGAGUAAAGGGUCAUUCACUAGGUGAUAAACGAGUACUUUUCAUUCUUUUUUUGGUGCUCCGUGCCGUCAUCAGGCGUACUCUAUGAAUACGUUUGUCCUUCUUUCAGACCGGUUUCUAUCCUGGUACAUGCUCAGAGGCCGAGUGCUCCUCCCAAGACUCCAACACCACCGAUAGUUGCUCUGAUGUAAGAUUCAUAGAGUGCACGGCGUGCAUCAUAAGAGCCCACAUUUCAGGUACCGUACUCCAGUUACUUGAUGGAUUUGAACAAUAGCACAAAGAAAGAGGCGAACUUCAUGGCGAGCCUUUGGAGCGAUGGUGAGUGCAAAAACAUAACCAUAGUUUAAUGCGAUCAUGUAAACGGGAAGAGGGGCAAAUGAUUGAAUUAUUGUGUUAGAAAAAGGUCAUCAACACAUGUUUCAUUCCAGACGACGAAAUUCUCGGAAAAGGAAACAUGGUAUGGGGACGACAUACAUCCUUGGUGCCACGUUCCGAUAUGCAUAAAGUAAGCUAUUGAGAGGUUCUUCGGCUGAGGUGUAACUCCAUUAUUUUCAGAUUUACCGAGGGCUCAAUCACAAUGGAGUGAAGACCCUAACAGCUGCCGAUCAGUACAACAUAAUUCACAUGAACGAUAAUAAGUAUCAAGCAGUCGAACACGAAGAGUACAAUUAA